CAGAAGCGUAUUGCUGCGCUUCUCAGGUCAGUCCGACGAAAGUCAAGUCCUUACAUAAAGUCUGGCACCCCUACGAAGGAGUAAUGUACGAUAGAUAAAUAAUAGCUUUUUUUUGUUUUAUUGUAAUUGAUCAUUUUGAGGAACAACAUGGAAAUUUGGAGAUUAAAGGGAUGCAGAGGAGGUUAAAGCACUUCAGCUUAGUUUGUUCACAGCUGUGCCAAAAUUCAUGAAUACCUCCACGGAUGUCCCGAGGAGGGCAACAAUAUGCUUUUAAUGCAGCCAAUCUGACGAAAAUUUAAAAGGAGAAGAGGAAGAACGGAAAUGAUGCGUAAUGCAAUGUCAGACAUAUGAUGCUGAAAGAAAAAUUGAUCAGGUUGGUGAUAUGAAAGUGAAACUCAACUUGAUUGAUUUGUUUCGUACGAACUCGAGAAGUGAAAGUUAUCAGAGCCUAUUUUGAUUCUUAAGGCAGACUCAUUUGUUUUGGGAGGAUUUCAUGUUUUUUUAAAACAACAUUUCGGUCCACACUCCACACCAGUUGGUGGCGGUAAUGCGCCAUUUUGCUGUUUGCCAACCGCCAUUAAACAAUAAAAAGAAGAAGGAACCGACGCUGCUCUGUCCCGUUGUGUGUCUGAGAGGAGGUGACUGCGGCUGCUCAAGAAAUCUCAGAGGUUAGGAUAGGAUCGUCCGGUAUGAGGAGAUCAGUCAGCACAGACUGCUGGAUAUCAGCUGGAAAUCUGAGUUAAAGUAUCACAUUACAGACUUCCUAAGGCAAUAUGAAGUGUGAGGAAGAGGAGGGUCUGGAUGACUGGCAGGACUUCAACCAGGGGAGGAAUUCCAGUCUGUACCAGGAGGACCCAGAGCCUCCACAGAUUAAAGAGGAACAGGAUGAACUCUGCAUUAAUCAUGAGGGAGAACAACUUGUAGUGAAGCAGGAGGCCGAAGGCAUCAUUGUCUGGACUGGUGAAGAGCGGCGCAAACUGCUGGAUACCAUCUGGAAACCCGAAAUAAACCUAGAGAGCACAGAUCUGAUUCACCAAGUUGAGCGUAACAAGGAGGAGGUUCUGACAGACCAACAGAUCUGUAACCAGGAGAAGAACUUCAGCCUGGACCAGGAGCACCCAGAUCCUCCACAGAUUAAAGAGGAACAGCGGGAACUCCCCAACAGUCAGGAGGCAGAACAGUUUCUACUGAAGCAGGAAACUGAUACGUUUAUGGUGAUUCCUUUUUAUGAGCAUAGUGACCUCAAUGAACUAGAACCAAACAGGAACCAGCUUCUUUCUCUUAACUCUUAUGAACCAAACAUGCAUGAUUGGAAAGAAGGUCACCAUGUGGACCUGGGAUCGGCUAGAAAUUGGGAGCUGAAGAAAAUGAGACAUAACAGAAACGAUAGUCACAGUAAUAUAAUACACAACUCUCCAGUAUCAGAGAGUCAGUGUAAAUCUAUUAAAAAUAAAAAUUGUGUAAAAUGCACUUGUGGUAAAACCUUUCGCGAUAAAUACAGCCUCACUAGACAUUUGAAAGUGCACACGGGUGAGAAACCUUAUUCUUGUACCACCUGUGAUAAAAGAUUUAGUGAGUUGUCAAGUUUGAAGAGACACAUGAAAAUUCACACAGGUGAAAGGCCAUAUUUUUGUAGCAUCUGUGGAAAAAGAUUCCGGCAAACGAUAAACUUGAAAACUCACAUUAGAUGUCACACAGGUGAGAAGCCCUAUUCCUGUGGGACUUGUGGAAAACAAUUCAGUCACAUGAUAAACUUGAAAACUCACAUGAGAACUCACACAGGUGAGAAGCCCUAUUCCUGUAGCACUUGUGGGAAAGAUUUUAGUAACUUCUCAGCAUUCAAAACUCACAUGAGAUUCCACACAGGUGAGAAGCCGCAUUCUUGUGAUACUUGUGGGAAAGGAUUCAGUCAUAUGAUGAACUUGAAAACCCACAUGAGAACUCACACAGGUGAGAAGCCCUAUUCUUGUAGUACCUGUGGCAAAAGAUUCAGUCAGAAAUCAACAUUGGAACGUCACAUGCGAAUUCACACAGGUGAGAAGCCACAUUCUUGUACCAUUUGUGGGAAAAGAUUUUGUAACUUAUCAGCAUUAAAAUCUCACACUAGAUUCCACACAGGUGAGAAGCCACAUUCUUGUGGCACCUGUGGGAAAGGAUUCAGUCAUAUGGUAAAUUUGAAAACUCAUAUGAGAAUUCACACAGGGGAGAAACCAUAUUCUUGUAACACGUGUGGAAAACAAUUCAGUCAUAGGAUGAACUUGAAAACUCACAUGAGAACCCACACAGGUGAGAAGCCCUAUUCCUGUAGCACUUGUGGGAAAGAUUUUAGUGACUUCUCAGCAUUAAAAUCUCACACUAGAUUCCACACAGGUGAGAAGCCACAUUCUUGUGAUACUUGUGGGAAAAGAUUCAGUCAUAUGAUAAACUUGAAAACUCACAUGAGAACUCACACAGGUGAGAAGCCCUAUUCUUGUAGUACCUGUGGCAAAAGAUUUAGUCAGAAAUCAACAUUGGAACGUCACAUGCAAAUUCACACAAGUGAGAAGCCACAUUCUUGUAGCACAUGUGGUAAAAGAUUCAGACAUAUGAUGAACUUGAGAACUCACAUGAGAACUCACACAGGUGAGAAGCCCUAUUCGUGCAGUGCCUGUGGGAAAAGAUUCUUUCAGAAAUCAACAUUGGAACGUCACAUGCAAAUUCACACAGGAGAGAAACCACAUUCUUGCUCCACUUGUGGGAAAAGAUUUUGUAACUUAUCAGCAUUAAAAUCUCACACUAGAUUCCACACAGGUGAGAAGCCACAUUCUUGUGGCACCUGUGGGAAAAGAUUCAGUCAUAUGGUGAAUUUGAAAACUCAUAUGAGAAUUCACACAGGGGAGAAACCAUAUUCUUGUAACAGCUGUGAGAAAAGAUUUCGUUACACGACACAAUUGAAAAGACACAUGAGAAUUCAUACUGGUUGAAAGUUUCACUCUUUCAAAAUGUGGGAGAGCUACUGUUACGAGUUUGUUUCUCACACAGGUGAGAAACGAAAUCACUGCAAGACCUGAGGGAAAAGACCCCAUUCUUAUCUAUGGUAUAGUUUCUGUCUAGAACACUUAAAGACAGAAUUCUUUGGGGCACUUUCAUGUUUAUCAGAUAGCAUAGUGAAGACAAUAGGGAGAGCAUGACAAGAGAAUAGAAAAACAGGCGCAGCAAAAGGAAUCAGGUAGGAAUCAAACAUGAGUUUAAGCAUGCAAUAUUACAGCAUAUACUAAUCUAUUCAACUUGUGAGCUAAACUGUUAUCCAAGAGCUUUGAGAAUUGUUUAUUCAAAUUAUUACCUCAUUUCCAUGAUAUAUUGAUGAAUCUCUGAGUUAUUUAAAUCCCUUUAUUUAUCUGAACUCAUAUUUUCCAGUUGUUCUAGUGUUGUACAUGUGAAAAACAUCAAUUGUAAAUGUCUGUUGUUUACAAUAUUACAAUUGUAAUAAUUAUUAUUUUAUUAUUAAAAACUAAUAAUUAUGUCAUGGUGGACUUGAAAUCACUUUGUGUUGCCAUGCUGAUUUCUGCUUAACUUCAGGGGAAAUUUCAUGCCUGUAUUGUUAUUUAUUGUUUAGUUCUGUUGUAUAUGAGUAUUGGUUAUGUGUUCUUAAAUGGUAAAUAAAGAGAUAUUUAAAGGUU